GCGAGGGCGCUGUGAAAAGUUAUAAAAAAGCACUUUGUUUGUCGAGUGGGGUGGAGAGUGUUCGUGAAGUGAAAAAAUCUAAGUUACUUCCGCUAGAGUAGGGGUGCUUUGGAUUUACUGAUAUUACGAAAACAACAGCUGUGAAAAACAAACGCAACAAACAGCCCAUCGAAUAGAAAAGUUGUAUCUAUGCUCGCGGAGAAAAAAGUAUUUGAGGGCUGACGGGGAAAUCAAAAGUCACUGCUUUUUCCAAUGCUGCCCGACGCAAGUGAUGAAAUUGUAGAAAGUGUUACCGUGUUUAUUCUGUCAAUAACAACCAGCCAUUCGAUUUUCCCCCGAACACCCUUGCUGGCUCAGGCAGUUCACUUGCACACAAAGCCAACAGGAAACCAAGGCAAAAGUCAAACGAGUGCAUCAGGAGAAUUGCGUCGCAUUAUUACGUGCGGAGGUGAUUAGGGGAUUCGUGGCGUAGGAGGCAAAGAUAAAACUAGCGAUAAACGACCCGGAAAAUAGCGGAGCCACGCAUAAAAAUUUUGCAAUAUUUUCUCCUCCCGAUCGUGGCCAAAGGAAACUGACGGAAACCGUCGCCUUGGUCGACGUCGUUGGAUCUGGGCGGCGAGGAGAAAGUUUCUGCUGGUGCUGCCGUGAUGAGUAGUAAGCCAAACUGGGGCCAGCUGCCAACCCUUGUGUUAACAAAUGUUUUUCAACAUUUGAACCAUCGGGACCGAUUGAAUGCUUCGAGAGUUUGUUGGCAUUGGCGUUCCGUGCUCUUUCAACCCAGAUUCUUCAAGCGUAUCCAGUUUGAUGUUGCUAGAGAGCACAACAAGAAGGUUAGCUUCUAUUUGCAAAAGCUGGUCCAUAUCGUGAGUGAAGUGAAGAUUACUUUCGAUUCGAGCAACCUUUACGAUGUCGAGCUGACUGCAGAAAUUCUUUUCAAGCUAAGUAAAAGCUCACGCCUUCUUAGUUUAACGAUCUACCCGAAGAAUGCAACGUGGGUGACGCCGGGCAUCUCCAUGAGAAGGCAGCUGAGGGCAACUGCCUAUUCUGAGGAAGAAUGGAAUUACAUUCUUAAGCUAUUCGUUCAACCCGUAAAAGCUUUGCUAACUAGAACGAAUCCACCCCUUCGGGUGCUGGAUUUGGGAUGUUCGGAAAGUCUAGCAGUACACGCGUCGGAAUUUCUGACGUGCACCGCCAAACCACAACAUUUGGAACGACUAUGCUUUGCCACAGUGAAGCAGGAUCCAGGACACUAUCCGCUCGGGUUGAUCGAACCGAGUUUGUUCGAAAAGUGUACCAUGUUGCGUGUGUUGACCCUCGACUAUGAUGUCAUGUGCGACGACAUGCUGCAAACGUUGCAGCUGCUUCCGUUGCGCCAGCUGAUUGUGCACGUACACGGCAUCGACGAGGAUCACUGUGGGCUGUCCGAGGAAGCGUGGGCAAGUUUUCGAUCUAAAAAUCCAUCCACAGAACUGCACCUGACGCUGGUGUGCGCUUACGAAGCGGUCGAUAUACUGCACACCCACAUCUUACGUCCGUCGAUGCCGCUGACGCAUCUGAAGGUUUUGUUCUGUGAAAGAAUCAACUGCGAUGCGCUAGAAUAUCUAUCCCGCCACUACAAGGACACACUUCGAAGUAUGGUCUGGAUCGAUUCAAUGCGUAUCGAAGAAUAUCGUAACAUAAUGGAACUGGUGCUGCGCACAGAACAGGACCCGCUGGUGAUGAUGGCUUGGCGCUGCAAAAAACUGCAAGAAAUCAUUAUCCACGGUUACGUACUCGAUUCGCACAACCUUGUGGGCGUGUCUCGCUUACGCGGCCGGGAGCUUAAAUGUCUGGAAGUGUCGCGUAUCGAUCUGUCGAUUCCGUCUGUAAUGAUGGCCCCCUUCAUCGAGGAAAUCAGUGCUCAGCUUGGUAAGAGGUGGUCCCCGUUGGAUGCAAAAACGCUCCCGGCAGUGCUCGGAUUUUAUCCUGUAGCGGAAGAGCUGCGUGAUAGAUAUAUAUUAAAUUAUAUUCGCAAAGAUAUCAUGCAAUAGAUGCAAAACCGGAAGGGGAGCGAAAGUGAAAGUUAAUAGGGGACACGUUUAUAGGACACGGCUACAUCGGGUUACACUGAAACACCAGCCUUGUACGCGCAUGUACGCCCUGUGUGCCUCUCGGCGACCUCAGGGGCUGGAGUUCCCGAGCAUGUUUUUAUGUUAUUUUUUAUAUUUUAUUUAUUGUUUUCCUCAAAAACUAUUGAGAUGCUUAUUCGCUUGGUCUUUAAAA